GAGUGGGAGCAGGGGCUCUUUCUUCCCUCCUUGUGUUAGGAAAGCCCCAAGCCAGUACUUAUGCAACCAAGGCGGACAUUUCUAGGAUCCAGUCCCUUGAUCUCAUUGAAAUUCAGGAAGCUGUGUGCCUGCUCCUGGCUGAAGUGCAGUUUGGCUGAGCUUUUGUUCCAUUUAUGAAUAGUUCUUGCUGGAAGUCCAUCACCCAGAGGCUGGCUCUCCCAACAGCCGGACAACAGAGCAUGCCUGUUUCCAGUGCCAUGACACGGGAGGGGCAGUUCAGGGAGGAGUUGGGCUAUGACCGGAUGCCCACACUGGAGAGAGGUCGGCAGGAUACAGGACGGCAGGACGCGGGUAGCUACACACCUGACUCAAAGCCAAAAGACCUGCAGCUGUCGAAGAGGUUGCCCCCAUGCUUCAGCUACAAGACAUGGGUAUUCUCUGUGUUAAUGGGGAGCUGCCUUCUUGUGACCUCUGGGUUUUCGCUCUACUUGGGGAACGUGUUCCCCUCCGAGAUGGAUUAUUUGCGCUGUGCAGCAGGCUCUGUUCUGGUUUCUUUUCAGUGCAUCCCCUCAGCCAUUGUGAGCUUCGCUGUGGGGAGGAGAAACGUCAGUGCGAUUCCCAACUUUCAGAUAUUGUUUGUCUCCACGUUCGCUGUCACCACUACCUGCUUAAUCUGGUUUGGAUGUAAACUGAUCCUGAAUCCGUCAGCAAUAAACAUUAAUUUUAACCUCAUCCUGCUCUUGCUGUUGGAGCUCCUCAUGGCAGCCACAGUGAUCAUCUCGGCAAGAUCCAGUGAGGAGUCCUGCAAGAAGAAGAAGGGUUCCAUCUCAGAUGGCACCAACAUUUUGGAUGAAGUGACUUUUCCUGCUCGGGUCUUAAAAUCCUACUCCGUGGUAGAAGUAAUUGCUGGUGUCUCUGCUGUACUUGGGGGUGUGAUCGCUCUAAAUGUAGAUGAAGCUGUCUCAGGCCCACAUCUCUCAGUGACAUUCUUUUGGAUUUUAGUGGCUUGUUUUCCAAGUGCCAUUGCCAGCCAUGUGACAGCAGAGUGUCCCAGCAAGUGUCUGGUGGAGGUACUGAUUGCCAUCAGCAGCCUUACAUCCCCACUGCUCUUCACUGCCUCUGGGUAUCUGUCCUUCAGCGUGAUGAGAAUUGUGGAGAUUUUUAAAGAUUACCCACCAGCUAUCAAAUCCUAUGAUGUGCUCCUCCUGCUGUUGCUGCUAGUGCUGUUGCUUCAGGGGGGCCUCAACACUGGUACAGCCAUCCAGUGUGUGAGCUUCAAGGUCAGUGCCCGACUACAGGCUGCAUCCUGGGACACCCAGACCUGUCCCCAGGAACGUCCAGGAGGGGAGGUGGCCAGAAGCCCCCUGAAGGAGUUUGACAAAGAGAAAGCCUGGAGAGCUGUGGUGGUGCAAAUGGCCCAGUGACUACAUGAUAAAGAGACUGAGUCUUGGUGUCUGUCUGACCCCCAGCAUGUCCAAUCAUACAGACUCUAACUGUCCUGCAAUAACUGCUUGCUAACAUGCUCUUU